CUCGCCUGGCAACGCCGAUCGCUCUGCGGCUGAUCAACCAACCUCCCGGACCUCCAUCCCCUGCUUGCGUUGACAGACUCUCGAGAUGGGCGGCAAGAGAAGAAAAACCAGGACCCACGUUAAGGACCAGCCGGAGGACCUUGGGAAGGUCCCGCGAUCCUUUGUUGUAAAAUCAGGAGUCGUCGGAAACUCGCUCUGCCACCUCGUCAAGGACUUUCGACGGGUCAUGGAGCCCAACACGGCCUCUAAGCUCCGGGAGCGCAAGGGGAACAAGCUCAGAGACUUCCUGAGCAUCGCCUCGCACUUUGGCGUCACCCACAGCGUCAUCUUCUCCCGAACCGAGAAGGGUCCCAACCUGCGUAUCGCCCGGUUUCCCCGCGGGCCCACCGUGCAUUUCCAGAUUGCGUCCUACUCUCUAACAAAGGAUGUGCUGGCGCUGCAAAAGACACCCAAGUCGCCCGGAAACGACUACAAAACUGCGCCGCUGAUCGUUUUGAACAACUUCUCGCCCGAGAGCAAGCACAUGAAACUUGUCGCAACCAUCCUCCAGAACCUAUUCCCAACCAUCAACGUCUCAACAAUCAAACUGGCAGAGGCUCGCCGAGUCGUUUUGUUCAACUACAACAGCGAUACCAACGAGAUCGAGAUGCGGCACUAUGGCGUCAACGUCAAGAUGUCUGGAGUCAGCAAGAGCAUCAAGUCGGUUAUCCAGACAACCGUCCCGAAUCUGCAAGGCUACGACGACAUCAGCGAGUUUGUCCUCAGGGGUGCGUUUGCGUCCGAGAGCGAUGUCGAAGACGGACCCGACGUCACCAUGCCGCUGCCUCAAAAGUACAUCGGCAAGGGAAACAAGCAGUCCGAGAAUCGCUCGAUUCGCCUGGCAGAGCUGGGGCCCCGAAUGGGUCUCAAGCUGGUCAAGAUCCAGGAGGGUCUCUGCGACGGCGAGGUCAUCCAUCACGAGUUUGUCAAGAAGACCCAGGCCGAGCUCAAGAAGAUGAAGGCCGAGCGGGAGAAGCGGGCGCGACUCAAAGCCGAGAGGCGGAAGGAGCAGGAGCGCAACGUUGCCCGGAAAAAUGCUCUCAAGAAGAAGCCCUCUGGCGACGACGGCGAUGACGAUGACGAUGACGACAGAGCCUAUGAUCAGGGAGACGACGAUGACGAAAUGGACGGCAUGGACGAGGACGAAUAGAGACAUCGUCUGUGCCAUAGCGACAUGCACCGCUCUCGCGUCUGAAUCGCUGCCGCCACAGGUGUUGGGUGGAAUAGCCAUGCGAUCGUGAAGGCGAUGGUUGUUGGUCUUUCGGCUUCGUAAUACACACUCACUCACUUGCCACGAA